CAAUUCUGGGUCUAGGAGCCAUCUUCAUUUAUAUUUGUGAUCGAAACAGCGCCACCUCUAUUGAACUCCAACCCCGGCGAAAAUAAUCUGAAUGGACCGAUUUCUGUUGUAACCAUCUAAGUUUAUAUUAGUUUAGGUGUAUGAACAAGUUGGUGAGAUGGCACAGUUUGGAGCUGGUUCAAGGAAAGAUCCACCUUGGGCUGCCAUGGCAGCUGCUGGCCAGAGUGGCUUAGCCCAAGCCAGUUUACAGACUCAAACACAGUCAGCUUUGCUUGGGCCUGGACCGGGUGGAUAUGUGCCAGGCUUACAGUCUUUGGGAGGACAGAAUGCAGCCAGCCUUCAAGCAAAUGCUGCUUAUCAACUCCAGCAGCAACAGGUCAUGGCUGCACAACAAAGCUCGCUACAGUCCAUGGGACAUGGCGUUGCAGGCAGCGGUGGCCAGUUGACAGUUAGUUACCCUACUCAGAGGGUAGGUCAGCCAACUCAGCCUAAACAGCGGGUUUUCACCGGUACCGUUACAAAGCUACACGAUACCUUUGGCUUCGUCGAUGAGGAUGUGUUUUUUCAAAUAAGCUGUGUAAAAGGUACUAUGCCGAAAGUUAACGAUCGUGUUUUAGUGGAGGCAUCGUUUAAUGCAAAUAUGCCGUUUAAAUGGAAUGCAACACGAAUACAGGUUUUACCAAGCCAGGGUCCAGCGAUGAGUGGUGGAAGUCUUCGUGGUCUCGGGCUUGGUGGAAGCAGUCAACUCAACCCAUCUAAUAUCCCAUCUCUCCUCUCAACUCAAAUUGGAGCUCCUCAAGUUAUGAUGUCGAAUUCUAGUCGUCUAAGUAGCCAAAACUCUCGUAGACGAGAUACAUCAUUUCGACGUGAUGAACGAAGAGAUGAACACCGGGAUCGUGCAAGAGACAGACCACGCAGGGAAAGAUCUCCUGUAAGAAAGCGGUCUCGUUCACCACGCCGUUCAAGAUCUCCACGUAGAUCUCCCAGAAGAACUCGCAGGGCAACACCCAGAUAUAUCGUACAGAUAGCACGUCAUGUAAUCAAUACGUCAAUGGCCAAUGUUUUACAACUGAGAGGGCGCUACAGCAAUAUGUACACCCCAAGCGAUUUCUACGAAGCCAAGCUGAACUGGCUGGAUGCAUUCCCGAUUGAUAAAUCCAUCUCUCUUGAUAAUCCUUGUUUUUUCCAUGUUAUGCACAAGGAAGUUGAUCCAUUGAAAAAAAUUGAAAGUCAACUUGAACCAUCGGAUUCUAGUCAUUCAUAUCAAGCAAAGGUUAUGCUAAUGGCCUCUGUGUCAUUGGAAGAUUUUUACGAACGCUGUUGCGGACGUGCUGAUGAUCCACCAGACAUCCGCGAUAGCUUUCAACAUCCGACACGCCUCAUCAACUUUCUAGUGGGGCAGAAAGGCAAGAAUGAAGUGAUGGCCAUCGGGGGUCCAUGGUCACCGUCACUUGACGGUGAGAAUCCUGAAAGUGACCCCAGGGUGCUUAUCAGGACCGCUAUUCGUACCACCAAAGCACUCACUGGUAUUGAUCUAAGUGGGUGUACCCAAUGGUUCCGUUUCCUGGAAAUCCGGUACCAGCGUGCGGAGGAGACCCACAAAGGCAAGGUGAUCCCAGCACACGUGGAAACCACCGUUAUUUACCUGCCGGAUAUCUGGCAGGUGGUUCCAACCAGGGAGGAAUGGGAAAGCAUGGCUGAGGCAUAUAAGCAACAGUUUGAGAGCAAAAUUGCUGACACACCGCCGGACCCAGUACAGGACGACACCCAGGCACUGACAACUAUUUCCGAGGAGACUGCUGAGGAAGACAAUGUUAAGAUGCCAACACACCAUAGCCAGCUGGAUCCUAAAAACAUGAAGGUUAAUGAGCUACGUCGUGAACUUGAGUGUCGUACAUUAAACCCGAAAGGUUUGAAGUCGCAGCUUAUAGCUCGUCUUACGAAAACACUAAAAGGAGAGGCAGAUUUAGAACAACAAGCUGAAGAGAUUAAAGACAAAGAAGAGGAAGAGGCUGCGGAGGAAAAAGAGAAAGAAGAUGAAGGAACAAAAGAAGAAGAAGAGGAAGUUGAUACCAAUAAUACUGUUGUGGAUGAAGAGAAGAAAAAACGAGAAGAGAAGGAACGGCAAACUCGUGAGAAACGAUAUGUGUUGCCUGAGACGCCAUCAAUUGUCGUGCAUCCUUCAAGCACUGCGAAGGCCGGCAAAUUUGAAUGUACUUUGAUGUCUCUAAGUGUUCUAUUAGAUUACUCUCUAGAGAACAACAAGGAAGCCUCCUUUGAAGUUUCUCUAGUUGCUGAGCUUUUUAACGAGAUGCUGCAGAGGGAUUUUGCUUUCCAAAUAUACAAAGCUCUCCUCCAAGCACCUGAAAAGAAAGAAGAGAAAAAGAAAGAAAAAAAAGAUGAUAAGGAUAAAGAUGACGGUAAAGAUGAACCUAGUGGAAAACGACGUCGUGUUUCUGAACCAGAAGGUGAAAAAAAAGACUCGGAAAAAGAAAAGAUAAAUGACGACGAUAAGGAUGAUGGAGAUGAAAUGGAUGACAGAAAAUCUGAUGAUGAUGAAAAAGGUGAAAGGUCAGAUAGAGAUGAAAAGAAAGAUGACAAGAAAGAGGAUAGGAGUCGCUCACCCUCUCGUCGACGGGAGAAGGAGAAGGAAAAAGACAAAGACAAAGUUAAAAUGGAAACAGUGAAUCCUGACCUUUUGUUAGCCUGUGUUUACUUUGAUCAGAGUCACUGUGGAUACCUCCUUGAAAAGGACUUGGAUGAUAUUUUGCACACGAUGGGGUUAAAUCUAUCACGGUCACAGAUACGCAAGCUGUUAAAUAAAGUGAUAGUACGGGACUCAUGGAAUUAUAGGAAAUUGACGGAUAGACCAAAGGAUAAGAAAGACCGCGAUGAAACUUUAGAGGAAGAGGCCAACGGAAUCCUUGAAGAUCACCACCUUGCAUUAGGCAAUGGAUAUUAUCUACAAGGUGAUGGUGCAAAGCCUAAAAUAAAAUCAGAGCCCGACUCAUCUGCUGGUUUGGUGAUGUAUAGGGGCGCUAUUGUUGACAUUGACAGCGUUAUGCAACGUCUAGAAAAAAGUGAUAGAACUGCAGUUGCUGCAGACAAAAAGAUUGCCCAGCUACAGGAGAAGAUUGGUACAUUGAAAAAUAGUCUAUCAUCCAGUGAAGAAGCUGUCAAAACAAAGACUACCGAUCUCCAACAAACAACAGAAAAACUCAGUACCAGAGACAAAGAAAUUUCUGAAGCACAGAAAAAAAUUAACCUCUACAAAGAACUCAUCAGCUCAUCGCAGAAAGCUCUCGAUGACCUCAUGUCAAAGUUCAAUGAGACAAUGGACAUUGAUUAAAACCAAGUUUUAACAUCUUUUUUUUUCACUCUUUUAAAAAAUUAAUUAAUGAUUCUUAGUCGCUUUGGUCUAACCAUUUCAUCAGGCACUGUAAAUUAUCUUAGGGAUGUACCGUACAGUUUUUACGAUAUAAAUGACGAAAUCACUUAAAUUUACUUUUUUUUCAAUUAAAUAAUUAGAGAUUUAAAUUAGAGAUUAAAAUAUCAAAUGAAAACAAAUACUAGUAACUAUGAUAAGACCAAAUGGAAAAAAAACCUUCCCCUACUUAGCCUUUAUUUGCGGUGGGAAGUGGCUGCCUAUUAUUCAACCUGCGAAAAUAACUCCAGAUAAUGCUAUAGAAAUUCAAACAUCCUUGUACGGUAUUAGUAUCUGUGUGUACCUAGUCCCGGCCGAGUGUGUGCUGGCAAUAUUAGUGAACAGAAAGGAUGCGAACUAGAAUAGGGGCUCAUUACCUUCAUAAAAAUAUUCCAGAUAAGAGAUACUGGUCUCUAUUUGGCUCAUUGUGUAUGAUUAAUGUAGAGACACCAGGCAAAGUAGUAAUAGAUAGAUAGACAUUUAAAAUCUGAAGGUUAGGAAAUGUGAAAGUGUGUAUAUCUCCCUUUUAAAACUUUGAUCAAAUAGGCUACAUCUUAAUGUUAUUAAAAUAAUCAUGAAUUUAUUAGGUAUUACCCAUGUGGCGAAUACAGUAUUAAGACAAAUAUGCAAGAAUUUGUGUGACGUGAAAAUGAAAUUAAUUGUCUAUAUCAGUAUCACAAUUGUUAAAUAUAUAUUAAUCCACUUUUUACUAAUAAUUUAAGAAAAUAUUAUUCCAUGACUGUCUUGCGUUGUGUUCACAUGUUUAUAAAAAAUAUCUCAAUUUCUGCCCACAUAUACAGUAGUUAUUAUUGUAUCAAGGUUAUGUACUGCUUAUGUAUUUAAAUUGUUGGUCACAUUCUAAUAAAUAGACACUGAUAGAAACACAAACAUUCAUGCAUUGCUACGAUUUGUUUCAAAUAAACACAUUUGAAAAUUGAA